CAGGAGCAGGGAUAAAGUGCUGUUUCUGCAGCUGUGGGAUGAGAAAAAACCUCUCAGGCGUAUAAAGGAUCUGCUGCCCUGUCCAGCAAAGACACUGCUGACAGGACCUUUAUUCCUACAGCUCAGCCUUCAGCUCCCUUUACCAAGCUAGGGAAAAAAGAAAAAUAAUCCAGUAAUAGUAGCGGUCAGAAAAUUGUUGUACAAUGCCACAGAACGUCAUUCUCCCAGGACCUGCUCCUUGGGGAUUCAGACUGACAGGAGGGAUAGAUUUUAACCAGCCUUUGAUCAUAACCAGGAUUACGCCAGGAAGCAAGGCUUCAGCAGCCAAUUUAAGUCCUGGUGAUGUCAUUCUAGCUAUUGAUGGCUAUGGUACAGAGAACAUGACUCAUAACGAUGCACAGGAGAGAAUUAAAGCAGCAUCACAUCAACUUUGUCUCAAAAUUGAGAGGGCAGAAAGUAGAUUAUGGUCUCCACAAGUUUCGGAAGAUGGCAAAGCACAUCCCUUUAAAAUAAAUUUGGAAGCUGAUCCACAGGAUACGAACUACUUUGAACACAAGCAUAAUAUUCGUCCCAAACCUUUCAUAGUCUCAGGCCGAAGCAGUGGAGGCAGUACUCCUUCCGGUAUUGAUGGUGGCAGUGGACGUAGUACCCCCUCUUCUGUUAGUACUCUCAGUACUAUUUGCCCUACUGAUUUGAAAGCUGCAUCUAAGAUGGCCCCUAACAUUCCCUUGGAAAUGGAACUUCCUGGUGUCAAGAUUGUACAUGCUCAGUUUAAUACACCUCUGCAGAUGUACUCAGAUGACAAUAUAAUGGAAACACUGCAGGGCCAAGUUUCUACAGCUCUUGGGGAAAAUCCCUCAAUGAGUGAACCAGUACCAACCUCUGUACCUCAAUCUGAUGUGUACAGGAUGCUGCAUGACAAUCCGGAAGGGCCCAGUCAACCACGUCAAUCUGGCUCAUUUAAGGUGCUCCAGGAUUUAGUCUCCGAGGAUUCUGAUGGACGUCCCGUUGGUACAAGGAGUGUGAGGGCACCGGUAACAAAUAUGCCUUCAGGUGCAGGAAGUGUACAAAAAGUGCCAUUGUGUGACAAAUGUGGGAAUGGCAUUGUUGGUACAGUGGUGAAGGCACGUGACAAGUACCGGCACCCAGAAUGCUUUGUGUGCUCUGACUGCAAUAUCAACCUCAAACAAAAGGGCUACUUCUUUGUGGAGGGACAAUUAUACUGUGAAACUCAUGCGCGAGCCCGCAUGAGGCCACCAGACGGAUAUGAAGCAGUUACCAUUUAUCCUAAGUGCUAGUCCUAUGCUAACAGACACACAUGCAUGCACACAAAAAGACAUUAACAACUUAGAGAAGCAAUACAACUGACUGAACUUACUGCCUUAAUCCAAAGUAGCAGUUUUUAAACAUUUUCUUUUGGAGUGGGAGUGAUGCAGAAGCCUCAUUAGCCAGCAAUAGCAUAUAUAACAGUAACAUUUUGCAAAGUAAUUAUCUUUGAAUAUGCCAGUGUAAUUUAAUGAAGUAUAAGGCAGUAAAGUUUUGUAUGACAUAUUGUACUGAAUAAAAAUAACUUUAAACAGUUGA